UUCAAAUUUUUUGAGAUCAACAUCUUUAGUAUUAAGACGGGCUCUUUGACGAACAGAACCGAUAAACACAAAGAAACCAAAAUCAAACAGACAAAAAACCAAAAAUGUUCAAGUGCUUAGUUUUUCUGUGCGCCACUACAACCGUUGUGCUGGCUAGAACAAUGCCAGUGAAUAAGAAACCUAUUGAAGAAUUACAGGACAUGGCUAAAAAUGAGGAAAAAAGUUCCAGCGAACCUACAAUGUUUAGUGAUUUCGGUGCCCUGUACAAAAUGUACCAAACCUGUUCGAAUAUGGACGUUUCAGUUUGUUUAAAAUUAAAGUUAUUCGGUCUGCUGGAUAAUGCAUCCAGAUCGUCGAAAGAUAUCGAAAUAUUUGACGGUGUCAAGUUCAUUCAGGCUGCUUCUGACAACGACAUUGCCGAGCCGAAAGUUACAGAAGAUGAAUUAGUUAAACAGUUGCCAAGGUCGUUGGAGGACAAAGAAAAUGCACUGACAUCGUUGAUUUGGAAUAAAAUUGUUUCGUUCUUCCAAACACACACUUUGCAGAUAAAGUUGCCAUCCGAAGAUGAUAUCAAGCGAUCAAUGUCCGAAGAGUCUCGUGAUAAAAAGAAAAAAGAAAAGGGAGCUUUGAUUAUGAUCCCGCUACUGCUCGGUGGUACAUUUAUUCCAAUAGCCUACGGAGCACUUGCAUUGUUAGCCGGAAAAGCGUUGAUUGUCUCUAAAUUGGCACUGGUACUGGCUUCGAUCAUUGGCAUAAAAAAACUCGUGUCCCACAGUUCCGGUCAUCAUGAGUCGUCGCACGAGGUGGUUGUAUCGGGUGGUCAUGGUGGAUCUGGAUGGGGAAGAGACUUUGAUUUGGCCUAUAAUGCAUACAUUCCGAAAGAGCGUAACCAAAACCAAAAACAAAAAAAAAAACAAAAUUCGGGGUUGCAAAUUGAAUUCAGACAAAAGAAUAUGAGAAAUUUGUGUGUGUUUAUUGCCCUUGUUGGCAUUGUGAAUGCGCUGCCCUCCGAAACGGAUGGUCUAUUGACAUCAGCACUGAAAAUGAUUAAGGAGUGUGGCGAUAAUUCUAUGUUUUUGUGUAUGAAGGAACGAGCACUUCGAUAUGUUGAUGCAACGGAUGGCGACAUCGAAAUUGGCGAAGGUGUCGCAUUCCUACAAACUGAACCAAUUAAUCAAGGUCGUUCAAUGAAUGAAAUCAACCUGCCUGCAGAGCCGGAAGCACGAGAACUUGAAGUUGAUUCAUUGCUUGUGGAUCGAGUAGCACGAUUUUUAGCCACACACACAUUACAGUUCAAAGUACCAAAAGACUCAAUUGAAGAUUUGCAAACGUCAUUAGAAGAAGCACGUGGAAAGGGAGGCGGCGGUGGCGGAGGUGGUGGUGGCGGCAAAAAACACCGAAAAUAUUUGUUGCCACUUUUACUUCUAUUCAAGCUUAAAGCAGCUGCCCUUUUGCCGUUAGUACUUGGUUUCUUGGCUCUCGUUGCAUUCAAAGCUCUGAUCAUAGGAAAAUUGGCGUUGAUUUUGUCGGGCAUCAUAGGACUGAAAAAAUUAUUUGAAUCAAAACACUCGUCACAGAGUUACGAAGUGGUGGCAUCGCCACAUCAGUCGUUCGAUGAGCAUGCCCAUUAUGGACGUUCGUCAGCCGGACAUAAUUUAGCUUAUGCAGCACAUACAAAAUAGUAAUUAACGUAAAUUUCGUUAGGUCUAAGUUAAUUUAUUUAUUUUCUUCUCUAUUCAAUACACACGUACACAGAACUCACAACAAAAUAUCGAUUUUUUUUUAUUUAACGGUCGAUCAAUACGACGAUUAUUAUUAAAUAUAUAUUGAUCAAAUGUGUCCUCAUAGUCAAUAAGUAAUUUAUUUUCAUAUUUAUUUUAAUAAUUUUUUUUUAUAUUUAUUUGUUAUGAUGAUGAGACAACGAACAAAUAUCAACACUAACUUUUAACUAAGUAAUACACACGCACACACAUAC